UUUGCUAGCGUAGCAGUCGCUCCUGUAAUGGCGGAUUCGGUUACCCCUUGCCCUCCGUAAAAUUUGCGCCUGCUCUUCUAUAAAUAGCAAGAGCCUCGGCCAUGAGCGCCAGCACCAGGUGAUUCGCGCCAGGGUGAUGUGGGGCGCGCUGCCAUUGGGAAAAUCGCACCGAGCUUCAUCGAAGAGAGAGAAAGAGAGAGGGGUCGCGUUGUGUGCUAGCCGUGGAGUAUUGACGCGGGCCGUGCGUGGCGCCUGUUGCUGUGGAAACGGCACGUAUGGCCAACCAUGGCGCCGUGGCGAGCCGGAUCGGCUGCUGCCGGUCUUCACAAGGAGGAAGAAUCGCUUGGCUUCGCCGUAUCCACCAUGCACCAGACCCCCGCGUGCGUCGGCGUGCAGGCCAGAGCUUCGCCCUGCCAAAUCGCGCUGAUGACCAUCCCCUCCGGCGAGCUUGUAAAGGUCAGUGAGCCUAUACUUGAAUACAACGUACUGCUCCGUCUGGUUCCCGCGAAGAAGAUCGUGGUCAACCGGGGGAGAUGGGAUGAAUCCUCAAUGGGGUCGACAUCACCGUGCAAUCCGCCCCGUGUCAUGGACGGACCGCGCCGCAUCCCCAAAUUCCUCGGAGCGAGGUCACGUGUCAUCUGAAGAGCAAGUUGAUACCUGGAAUCUCAAGUCUCAG